GCAUCCAACAAGCUUACCGGGAGGAAACUAAUCACUGCAGCUUGACAGGAGAAAGCCAGACUACGAAAGGAAAGAAAGAGACUGUUUUUUUUGAAUGAAAGAAGCGUCGAAAAAAGGGAGUAAGUGAUUCAUUUUUAAUAUCUAGGUCGUUGGUGAGGAGGUGAAAUGUGUAUUUUUUUGUUUUGAAAGCCAGUAGAUGCGCGUGUGCUGGAGCUGGAUUGAGUCUGCAGGAGGUAAUUGAGGAGGCGGGCUUUGGAGGAAACUUUUCAGCCUUGCGCUUGAGAGUUGGAGCAAAGAGGCAUUCAAGCGAUUAACAGAGGCCCACAACUUCAGAUAAAACACCAGUGCUGCUGUUUGACCGCACACUCGGUUUCAAACCAAAACCAAGAUAACAUUUCUUUGGAUCAUAAAGCGUAAUUUUAAUAAUUUGACGAAGAUGUUCCAUUUUGUUGGAUAUUUGCGUAAAAUGUGCGUAGAAAUAACUCAAAUUUGCGCACGAUUUACAAACUUGUGUGUUCAUUUACUGCUGAAUUUUGCAAAAAAACUGUCCUUAAAAUCAAAACACAACAUAAUUAAAAUUAUAAAAUAAGAAAUGUUGGUUAUUUAUAUGAUGAUUGCGGUUUUUUAAAUUUGGGUCACUUUGGGAAAGUGAGUGUCAGGGUUGGUUGGUCUGUAUAUAUGGAUGUGUGUGCGCGCGUGUGUUGGGGGUGAAGGGGGGUGUUGUUGCUGGUUGUCUGGCAGUCAGCUGGUCUGAUAAACACAAUGCCAGGCUUUGUUUUAUUUUCGUGACGCAGAAAAUUGCGGAGGCCUGAAUGCGGAGUCGUGGCUGGCGUCCUGUAAUCAGGCCAGCGCGUGCCGUCCGGAUUAUCUCGUUAAUUUCUUACACAGAGCGCAGGAGAAAGAAAAAAAAAUCUCUUGUAUUAGCCGAUAAUAAUUAAUGGCUUCAUGUGAGGGGGGUUUAAUAAUCAUCAUCAUCAUCAUCAUUAUUAUUAUUGAACGGAUGUGGAGCAACCGGUCGCUCCGGGGUGAAAUAAGGGACAGCUUGAGGGUUGAGGAGUGGCCGUUAUUGGCUGGAUAAGGAGCAGAGUGAGGGGAGCACCCCGGGGUCCUGGGAACUUUAUGCUACAGGUAGGUGUCACUGAAGACGUUAGAGGCCUCAGACAGCAGCAUAUGGUACACACUCUUUAAUUAGCUCGUGUUAAAAAGACGUACAUUUGUGGACUUUACAUCGAUUUAUUUUGCGAAAAUUCAGUGGCCUACUUUGUCUUUUGUUGACUUCAGGGCCUGAUAUGAAAAAAUACAAAUGUAAAAUUUUAUAGGGCAUUUUUUUUCAAGUCUAGGAGCCUUAAGAAAAUUAAAUGAUUUUUUUUUUAAAUUAGUGAUAUUCCUGAAAAAUGUCAUGUCUCACAAAUUAUCCAUUAAUGGCUAUUUUUACAUCUUUAUUUCUUUAUUUUCAGUGUCUCUUUAUGGAUGCUGAUAAUGUUACAAUUUUUUUAUUUUUCCCUCUCCAAAUCACAAAUUCUGGGGUAAAAUAUGACACAUAACUCGACUUUAUUUUCAUUUUAAACAGAUGCAGGUUUCUGUAGUGGUCCAUCUCCUUGUUUGUUUGGAUUAAGAUGAAGUGUUUUCCUCUCUAAUCAACACUUCUCGAUAGUCUCACCUUCCAAAUCUAAUUACCGGGAGCCAUUCAUUAAGAGAGGAGGGGUAUAGGGAGGGGGAACCAUCACCCUGAGGAGUGUUACUAAUAUGUCCAAACUUUAGUGAUUUGCUGAAGUUUUCCUUUACAUUUUAAUUUCGUUACAUUUAAAUGUACAAGGGUUUUAGUGGAAACAGACAAUAGCCUGCAGUUAUAGAAAUGAAGAUGCUGAGUUGUAUGUGAAUGCGCGCUCAGUUUGCAGUGUUGGCCUCUUUGUUUGCGCCCUAAACUCUUUUGUUAUCAGCAUUACUUAUCGGUCAACAGUGGGCUUUGUUUCUGCAAAUGGCCCCCCAAUCAGCUGUCUAUUUAGCUUCGCCUAACCUGUGGGUAUAUGCUAAUUGAGAGCCCGGUUGGGGCCCACGAGUGUGCGCAUUUUAACGACAAUGUUUUGUUUUGGUGCUACUCGGAGAUGAGUGUGUUUGGGGAGGGGCGGUAGUGGUGAGGGGCGGGGUUAUAGUAGCAGUUAGUGUGUGUUGUGGUGGUGUUGAGGAGGUGGGGGGUGGUGGUGGCGUAAACGCCUGUCAGCCAGACAGAGCAUCCUCAGUCCAGCAGGGACAGCUGGGGGUCUCCACUCGGCUUUAAGAGCCCCUGCGAGUCCGUGGACGCCCACUUCUCCAAAGUCUCCGCGGUGCGUAAAAGGCUGCGCGUAAAAAUCCAGACGAAAGUAAACGAGCUUCCUGUUUUAUGUCCUGCUUCAGGUUGACCCGGACGGAGUGAAACACCGAAUAGAGACGCAAGAGGAUUUAAAAAAAAAAGAUCUUUUCGACAUUUUUCUUCUUCUUGGCGUUUUCUGAUCCGGCCGCCAGCAUGAUGUCCUAUCUGAAACAGCCGCCGUACACAGUGAACGGACUGAGCUUAUCGGCCUCAGGAGUGGACCUGCUGCAUCCUUCAGUGGGAUAUCAAGGUAAUAAUAAACACAAAGAGGUUUAUUAGUGUCCUAAAGAAGUAUUACUACAUGAUAUAAUCUGCAUUUUAGAUUACCGGAAAUGUGUUGCUUGCUCAAGGGUGACUUAAUAUUUCUUUCCUCGUCAGGAAAUUAAAAAAAAAGUUAAAAAGAAACUUCAGACUUUAAAAAAAAAUUAAGAUGAGGCCUAAAAAAACACUAGAUUAUAAUUUGGAUCAUAUCUCGAUGACCAAGUUUGAGAGGUUUGCUUUGGUGCGCGUAACUCCAUAACAUCUCGUAUCUCUUUUUUUUUUUUUUUUAACCAGCGACCCCACGCAAACAGAGGAGAGAGAGGACGACCUUCACGCGGGCUCAGCUCGACGUGUUGGAGAACCUGUUCGGAAAGACCCGGUACCCUGACAUCUUCAUGAGAGAGGAGGUGGCCUUAAAGAUCAACCUGCCUGAAUCCCGAGUGCAAGUGAGUCAAAAAAAGGGAAAAUUAUGUAAUAAAUCAAUAAGUGGUCAAAUGUUUAUGAAAGGAGGGAUAUCCCAAGUGUCCUCUUUGAGAGAACUGAGAGUUGCUAAACUGAACCCUUUAAAAACCUUUUUUUCCAUUUUCAAAAUAAGUUACUUUCAAGGAAUGUGAUGCAGAAAGAAAUGACCAUGAUGAUCCCCAAUUGUCUGAUAUGUAGAUUUUGUGAUCGAUGACUCGCAACUCUGGGAAUUAAAAGGUUUUGUUUUCCUUUCUCAGGUUUGGUUCAAAAACCGAAGAGCCAAACACCGACAGCAGGCUCAGCAAACCCAAACGGGAGUGCAGAACAAAGUGGUCAGUAAACCCGUGAAGAAGAAAUGCUCUCCGGUCCGAGAGGGCAGCUCAGAGAGCGGGGCCAGCGGUCAGUUCACGCCGCCCUCCAGCACCUCAAUCCCGGCUGUGAGCAGCAGCAGCAGCGGCGGCAGCAGCAGCGCGGCGCCGGUAUCUAUCUGGAGCCCGGCCUCCAUCUCCCCUCUGUCGGACCCUCUGUCCACCUCCUCCUCCUCGUGCAUGCAGCGCUCCUACCCCAUGACCUACACGCAGGCGUCCGGCUACAACCAGGGAUACACCGGCUCCUCGUCCUACUUCACCGGGAUGGACUGCGGCUCCUACCUCUCGCCGAUGCACCACCAGCUCUCCGCCGCGGGCUCCGCCAUGAGCCCCAUGGGCGGCAGCGGGGUGUCCAGCCAUCUGAGCCCGGCGUCCUCGCUCUCCUCGUCGGCGUACGGAGCGACGGGUCUAGGCUUCACUGGAGCUGCGGACUGCUUAGACUAUAAGGACCAGACAUCAUCGUGGAAGCUUAAUUUCAACGCAGACUGUUUGGAUUACAAAGACCAGUCAGCGUGGAAGUUCCAAGUCUUGUGAAAAGGGGGAAAAAAUUAAAGGGACAAUCUCCACAAAAAUACAGACUUUUACAGGCGAAUUCAAACCCUAAAAGUUGGGAGCUCAAAUCAGAGGCCCCAACUCCUACCUCCAAGGACUGCAGGUCCCACUUGUUGGGUUAAUUUAUUGAACAUUCAGACAUGGUUUCUCCCCAACUUUGAUCAAGGACACGGAACAAAUGUGCGCACCAAAAGGAGAAAAAAGGAUCAAAAGAGUCGAAGUUGGGUUGAGUUUGAGGAGUAGGUCAGGUUCUCUUCUCUAAGCUCCUUAAAGACUCCCCUCUCACUCUCUCUCACUCUCUCUCUCUUGUCUUUUUUGAUUUUGUUGGCACGAUGAAGGGCCCCUUUGAUCAAAGCAUGAGUGUGUGUGUGCGUGUGUGAAUGUGAGGAGCUCUGAAACGAACCUGGAUGCACUAUUAAUUUAUGAGAAAUAUUAGUAAUAAGAGACAAUCAGUCUGUCUGUCUGUGUGUCUGUGUGUGUGUGCUCAAAUGUCCUUUCCCAACGUGUUAGAUUUCUUCUUUUCUUUUACAAUUCUUUGUAUGCAAGUUUGCCACAAACCCAGCUGUGAAUUUGAUAGACUUAUUAUUACUUCCAUGUCUCGAGUGUUAAAUGAGGAAUAAUAUAACAGACACGUUAGUUAAUUGAAAUAGGGAGUGCAGGAUGAUUUCAGAUAAGGUUCAUUUGAGCUGUAAUGUGCUGUGAGAAGGCCAAAACACUAAAUGACAAUAAAAACCACUUCAUGAUACAA